AUGUGGGGAGCAACGGCCGCAGGGAAAAAUCAAUCAGAAGCUGGACCAGCCAGUCAGUCCCCUUUGGGGCGCGAACUAACUAGGGCCGGUGGAGAAGGUCUCGUUAGGUUAGUUAGUGCCACGCGAAUCGAGAUUAGGUUCCUGUACGGCCGAUUGCUUCUCCAUUCCAGUCAAAAGCGAGGAGUGUCUGGGCGCGGUGAUUGGGUGCCGGGGGGGCAAACUGCCGGGACAGACCAGGGGGAUACGUCAAGUUCAGUUCGUCUCGUGGGACCCCCUGUUAUUGCCGAGAAGGAUGAUCAAAUCGAAAAAGAAAAAAAAACACCGAAACCAGGAAUCGGCGCGAGAUCGGAUCCCUCAUCGACUUGGGGUUUCUCAGCUCCCAGUCCCACAAAAUGGGGCCCAGCCACUACUGAAAGCCACAGGUGGCGUCCGCGUAGAACAGCUGAAGAAGAUAUGCGAGCUGCUGGGUGUCUCGCCCUUGCUGUCGGCGCCGGAUGGUGA